AUGGCAUCCAAAGGUGUUCGCCGUAUCAGGCCAGUGGGAAAUGGAUUUACUCUUUCAAAUGGUACCACGGGGGAGAGUUCGCGAUUUCAAAUCAAAGGCGUCGCCUAUAUCUGGGACACGAAUACCGCAGGUUAUACUGAUCUCUUGGCCGAUGAGGAACAAUGUGCAAUCGAUGCCCCCUUAAUGAAAGAACUGGGGGUCAAUGUGAUUAGUGUGUAUGCUGUUGAUGCAACUAAGAACCACGACAAGUGCAUGCAGACCUUUUACGAUAAUGGCAUCUAUGUUAUCGCCAAUUUGGAGGGCACCUGGGCCAUGGGCAAUAAUACCUGGGAUAUGUACUACUUCGAGCAAUACUCUGCUGUCCUCGAUGCACUCGCAGGGUACGAUAAUACCCUGGGGCUGAUUGUGAGCAACCAAAAUAUUGCUACUGAUAGUCAGAUCGACAACGCAUCAUCUUUAAAGGCUGCGGUGAGAGAUAUGAAGGCAUACGCCAAUGCCAGAGGAUAUCGAAAUUUACCUAUCGGGUACUACACGACGAUGCUCACCUCGACUAAUUGGCUCAAACUGGGAGAGUAUCUUGCAUGUGGAAAUAGCAGCAAUGCCAUCGAUUUCCUUGGACUGGAUCUGUAUACCUGGUGCGGAAGCUCGUCCAUUGAAAGCUCCGGUUACGACGACUACCUAAAGCAAUCAGCAGAUCUGGGGAUUCCAAUAUUCCUUUCCGAAGAUGGUUGCAGUUCAACAACGCCGCGAACCUUUGGUGACCAGGCCGCCGUGUUUGGGUCGGUAGAGUCCACUUACUGGAGUGGUGCUAUCAUAUAUGGAUGGCGAGAAGAAGUAUUGAGCCCCGGACGAGGACUGGUGUCAUAUCCAAAUGUGACUGGGGCUUCAUCAGCGGCGGCCACUCCGACGCUGCUGGCCGACUAUACUAACCUCCAGAAUCAGUGGGCUUCCGUUACCACAAGCUCACAUACGAUUCGUGUCACAACUGCACCUGCGUGCCCUACAUCCAGUACCAGUCUCUGGACUUUAAAUCCCUUAGCUUCCCUGCCGACGAUAUCGGGCCUUGACUUUGCGACCGUAAAGGAGGCCAGCCUCACGCGUCUUUCAACAAGUCCCAGCGCUGGGGCCAGCGAUAGAACCAGCACCGGCAGUGCGAGCUUUCCAAGCUCAUCUGGAACUCUGAGUGAUUCUGACCCAAUGUCUGGUACUUCGGGUGAUUCUGACGCAAAAUUGCGGAUUGGUGUGGGCGUUGGGGUCGGCGUCGGCGUAGGGCUGCUGUUGAUGGCCGCAGCAUUGUUCUUCUGGUGCCGCCGGAGAAAACCCAAGAACACUAAAUCUAAUCCAGAGGGAUUUCAGAAUGAGCAGAAGCACCCCCGGGAAUUGGAAGGCGAAUGGACUGCUCCGGAGAUGAGUGGGAGCCCCAGCGCCGCAGUAAAUCCGAAAGAGAUCUUUUCCACGGAAAUUCUCGAGGCCAGCGCGGCAAAGAACCACACUCAAGGGGACUUGAAUGCAGUGGAAUUAGAUACGGCUAGUGCCACUCUAGGCCGAGGGAGUAGCUCUUCGCCUGUGCCUGUUCCUGUUCCCCCAAUCGUCUCAAAUCCAGUCUUCGAAACAGAAGCUGUAAGGUCGACCUUAGGAAACUCGGGCUUAGAUGAGCUAGCUGAGGAGGCAGACAUUGCAGUUCAGGAACUUGGGUUUAUCAACUUGCGCAAACGGGCUUUGGCCGUUCAAGCAGAAGCCCUCAAGAGGAGCCCCGAGUCCAUGGCAGGAAGGAAGGGGGAAGAAUACCGAGAGCUGCUUCAAAGAGAAGAGAAGAUUACGGCUAGACUGGAAGAUAUUGAAAGCCAGCAAAGAAGAUCUGAUUUAGUGGCUUAA